ACCUCGGGGUGGGGACGCGAGUGCCCCUCAUGUGACUCUUGGAGGGAGGGUGAGGUUAAAAGUUUUCGUUCAAAACCACGUCCCCUCUCGCGAGAAGUAGGCUGAGCAUUCGCGCCCUGCGCGAGAGGGUGAGGCAAUGUUUGUGGCGGGAUUAGGCGCCCGCCCACGCGCCGCUCCGCGGCUUCUCGGAGAAUUUCGCUCGUGGCGGAGGUGGCGAUAUAAAAUGGGGCAGAUGGAGAACUUGACAGAGAAAAUAGACCAGAAGGAACCGGUGCCCACGAAGCUUCCCCCGAUUAUCUCAAAAGAUGGGAAUUAUUCUGUGCACCAGAAUAGCCACACAAAGUACCACGAAGCUGUACGGAAGGUGUUGCUAAAGACAUUCCCCAAUCAAGUCUUUAGAGUCCCCUUGACUGACGCUCAGAACUUCAGCUUCUGGAGGUCAAAUGAGCCAGGAGUGCGCCCAGAAGACACCAUGCCGUGGAUCCGGAGCCCUCGCCACUGCCUCAUUAACAGCCCAAUGACCAGGUUUAUGGAUCACACUAUCCUCAACGACAGACUAUUCAGUCUGUAUUGAGCAAGAUGUGCUUGCAGAAGGACAGGAUGGUCCGUGGAAGGAGGACAAAGAAGGGGAAAGAGGGAAAAGGUGUCCUGGCUCUGAUGGCUGACUAAUG